UUCGGAAUAUAUUGAACAGAACAAUUACAAAAAAUCAUACUAAUAUAAAAUGGGCUCUAAAUUUCAUUUUAAUAUAAGUCAUAAAGAUAUUCUCGGGUAUUUCGCUGAGUUAUGUGGAUAGGAGAGUGAGACUGGUGGUAUGUUAGUACUUACAAAAUCGGCACUUAUUUUGACGCUGUUCUGUGAGACAACGGAUCUAUCAGCCACGAUAAAUGCAGGGGCAAGGGCCAGCAGGGGUAGCUUCAGCCACAAUCCCUGUCAUCUCAAGUUUUUGACAACUUUCAUCCCCUAUCUAUCCUGUCCUUCAUUUUAAUCGUUAACUCGAUUUUUCUAUUCUUCUACAUUUUUCAAUACCAUGGCUCGCCAAAGAGGUUCGGUGAAGUCCCCUUCCACUAAGAAGAAGGAUACCGGCCCGCCGGCCCCCUUUAAGAGGCCCCCUGAGGUCCUGCAGCCUUUCAUCGAGACGCUUGAUGAGAAGUGCGUAUAUAUCACACACAUCGACAGCCACCAGCGGGACUUCAAGCGCAAGAUCUUUAUUGUCCCCGUGCUCAUGAACAUUGCCCUAACAGCCGCCCUGCUAUAUCGUAUAUGGUAUAUUGCGCCUUACUACCUACGGAUCUUCGUCUCUAUUCUAGGUUAUUUCAAUGAGACCACCAUGGUUGUCGAUGAGAUGGAGUGGAACGAGAUCAUCCCCGAGGUCGCCAAGCGCGCCUUCUCUUUCAUGCUGGACUUUCUGCUUUUCGUUUUUGUCUGGUCCUGGCCUAUCGAUUUUGUCAUAGGUAACGAGCAUGGAAGCCCUGUCAUGUGGCGGUGGAACGUGGGGUUCAGAAACCAAGAGGUUGUCGUGCGAAGGAGUAGGAAGUGGGUCGAAGCUGCUGGCGACUUAGUCAACGAUGAAGGGGCGAGAAGCCUCUUUAUGUCGCGUAUCAGUAUAGCGACAGAACCCAUGCUUAUCAACGAAAAGACGGGCUAUCUUCUUAUGACUGCUGACUGGGACCUGGACUGGGCCGCCAUGGUUGACGCUACUAUGAUGGUGGACGAGAAGAUGGCCGCAAUUGAAGCAUUUAAGACAGUCAUCCUGCUUUUCCACGAGGAUUACGGAUGGCUCUCUGUGGACACGGCAGUUGGUGAGAAUGACGAGGGAGACGAUAGGAGACGUCAGGUUUUCGCAUUCCGAGAUGCUCUUGCUGCUGUUGGCAAGGAAGCUCUAUUUUAUCGCUGGAUCGAGAUAAUACAAUUUGAAUCAACAAGGCCUGGUGGUUUCACGCCAGAUAGACAGGAAAAAACUGCGCAAGAAAUCAGAGAUUUGUUCAUCAAGGAGGGCAUCGACUUUGAUAAAUUCUGGGAGGAGAGUGUGGGCCAGAGUGGUCCAGCUACUCCCGGGAUGUAAUUGAUAUAGAUAGAAAUGUAGACGGGAGGGUUUAGAAUAGAUAUAUAUACUACUAUGCACAUUAUGCAGGUAUUCGGUUUAGUUUAAGAUCUGCCAAUAAGUUCAUCAAUGC